AAUAAAACUUAUAGCGAAAAUUCUCCAAGUACACUAGAGAGCAUCGGAGUAGUCAAAGACGCAGAAACAGAUUCGAUCGGCCGGCCGCCGGAAUAAGGAUUCUCAGAGUGAUUGUUUGAAGAGAUGGGUGGCGAAUCGAAUUACGAGAUUCAUCAAAACGCCUACAUCAAGUUAAUCCUUCAUGCCCUUAAGCACAAGACUUCCUCCGUCAAUGGUGUUCUUCUUGGUAGAAUAUCCGGCAACGGCGACAACGUCGAAAUUGUCGAAUCUGUUCCGUUGUUCCACUCUCAGAUUGGUUUACUUCCACCACUCGAAAUUUCACUUAUCAUGAUUGAGGAGUACUAUGCUGAUAAAGGUUUGAGUAUUGUGGGUUAUUUUCACGCAAAUGAAAGAUCCGAUGAUUUUGAGGUCGGAAAUGUGGCCAAGAAUAUUGGUGAUCAUAUCUACAAAUAUUUCCCUCAAGCUGCUUUACUUCUGAUGGAUAACAAGAAGCUUGAAGCUUUACUGAAGGAGGGCAAAGACAGGAGUCCUGUUAUGCAGCUUUACACUAAGGAAUCAUCUAGGAGCUGGAAACUAGCGGGAGCUGAUGCAAGCGGCUCUCUGAAAAUCAAAGAACCAUCUGCAAAUAUUGUUCUUCUAGACUAUGUCUCAUCAGGGAAAUGGAAGGACAUCGUGGAUUUCGAUGACCAUCUGGAUGACAUUAGCAAGGACUGGCUGAAUCCAGAACUCUUCAAGUGAGAUGUCUACAGAGAGGAUGACACAAUUAUCCUGUUGUUACCGCGUGUGAUAUUUGGUGUUUAUCCCUCCCGCGUAGUUGCUGAGUUUAUGAAGAAACAAUCUAAUGACUCUGAAUUUGCAGACUGUUGAAGAUUACCAAUUACCUAAUGGCUUUUGAAUAUUGUUAGAAGAUAGGGUUCAUAUCAUUGCAUAAUUACGCGUUUCUAAUAGGUCAAACAUGAAUUUUUUGAGCAACACAACUCAAUUUUGUACUGAAUGGGGAACCAUGAGUUUUUAUUUUUAAACUAAAUUAUUUUGCAUGGU